CGACACUGUAGUAUUGGCAAGUUUUAUUAUAAAGUUUUCAACUGACUCAACUGCAAGCCUAUAAUUAUAUCCUUUCACUACGGUACUACAGAAGAUUUUAAUUUUAGUACGUUCAGAAUCGGGACAGUCUCUCGAGGUUUUUAUCAACACCAGCCCCUCCAUAAGCACGCCACCGACCGACAGUACGCCUCCUCCUGCCAGUACCUCGUCGUCGUCGUCGUCGUCAUCGAGUGAGAAGAUGCCCAACAGCGGCCCCUCGUCGAUCGCGCCCGGCCGCGUUGCGCAGGAGGAUUUGAGCCCAUUGGCAUUGCAGAUGGAGUUUCGCCAAGGCAUGGGCUCGUUGCGAAAGGAAAUGAGUGAAGGACGAAAGGAAAUGAAUGAAGGACUUUACAAAAUUCAGGAAGGACUGAGCGAUCUGACGGCUUACUUGAAGGAAUUUUUGAAAGACCAGAAACGCAGACUCAGCACCACGGAAGAGGCGAAACCAGUUGAAUCCAAGGAGGCAGAAGCGGAGGGGGCUGCAGCCAAGAAUACUCAGACGGAAAAGCCCGAUGACGCUCAGCAAGGCUGAUUAACGCUUCGAUAAUUCAUGCGCGUCCUCACUCAUGAACCUCGCUCUAACUGAUCUUCACAGCUUCUGCCCUAAUCUGUAAUUUUUACUGUUUAUAUUCAUGGAAGGAUUAUUGAGGUAUUCCUGUUCGUGUUGUAACUUGUAAGUGGUCUGGCUAAACUGUAAUAAGCAAGCAAGCACAUCAGUAGCUCAGUGGCUAGUUAUGUAGCGAACGUUAUGUAUAGGUACUUUUUGCUAAGUGCGGCUGCGUUUUUUUUGCGUACUUGUUCCUGUCGAGAGCGAUCCGAUUUUGUUUCUAUUCAAUACUGGUUUUCCUUUUCUGGCAUUUGUGUUAAACAUGGCUACCGUGCUUUGCAGUUGUGCGCUGCGUAACACUAGUAAAAGGCGUCGACCGU